CAAUGAUGAGAGGAAGCAAGAAACAGAUAAGCUAGCGCUAUGGCAGGAGCUUCAAGAAUCCUGCAAACGACGUUCCUACCCACUUUCUCAAAAAACCCAUCUCUCCACACCACCAGAUCCCACUCCCACGCCUGCUGCGUCCCACCAACCACCAAAAGAGGCUCCUUUUUCGACCGAAUCAGGUGCUCUGUCGCCGCCGCCGGCGAGGACACCGCCAUGGCAGGCGUGCUGUGGGGAUGCGAUGUCGACUCCGUGGACAACGCCGCGGCGCUGCAGGCGUGGCUUUCGGAGAGCGGGCUGCCGCCGCAGAAGAUGGGCAUACAGAAGGUGGAGGUCGGAGAGAGAGGGCUUGUUGCUCUCAAGAAUGUUAGGAAGGGAGAGAAGCUGCUUUUUGUGCCUCCCUCUCUCUUCAUCACUGCUGAUUCUAACUGGAGCUGUCGUGAGGCCGGUGAGGUGCUAAAACAGUACAACGUGCCAGAUUGGCCACUGCUUGCAACCUACUUGAUCAGCGAGGCAUGUCUCAUGAACUCUUCAAGAUGGAGCAACUACAUUGCAGCCUUGCCGAGGCAGCCCUAUUCACUUCUCUACUGGACACGUCCGGAGCUAGACAGAUAUCUUGAAGCCUCACAAAUAAGACAACGUGCAAUUGAGAGGAUCAACGAUGUUACUGGAACAUACAUUGACUUAAGGGACAGGAUUUUUUCCAAGCAUCCUGAUUUAUUUCCUGCAGAGGUCUUCAACAUGGAAAGUUACAGAUGGUCGUUCGGCAUACUUUUUUCUCGCUUGGUUCGUCUACCCUCGAUGGAUGGAAGGGUUGCUUUGGUUCCUUGGGCAGAUAUGCUUAACCAUAGCUGCGAGGUAGAUACGUUUCUUGAUUAUGACAGAUCAUCUCAGGGGGUAGUUUUCACUACAGAUAGAGCAUAUCAGCCAGGCGAGCAGGUCUUCAUAUCAUAUGGUAAGAAAUCCAACGGAGAGCUGUUGCUUUCAUAUGGAUUCGUGCCCCGGGAAGGAACCAACCCUAGCGACUCCGUUGAGCUGUCUCUUUCCAUCAGCAAGUCCGACAAGUGCUACAAAGAGAAGGUGGCAGCUCUCAAGAAGCAGGGACUGUCCGCGACACAGUGUUUUCCUCUACAAAUAACCGGCUGGCCAUUGGAGCUGAUGGCCUAUGCCUACCUAGCAGUCAGCCCCCCUAGCAUGAUCAGCCAGUUUGAUGAGAUGGCUGCUGCAGCGUCUAACAAGACGACAUCCAAGAAGGACAUCCGGUAUGGUGAAAUAGAGGAAGACGCGUUGCAGUUCAUACUUGAUUCUUGUGAGGCCUGCAUAUCUAAGUACUCCAAGUUCCUUCAGUCGAGUGGAUCAAUGGAUUUGGACGUGACAAACCCAAAGCUUCUCAACAGGAAAGCGUUCCUGAAGCAGCUUGCUGUUGAUCUGUGUACCAGUGAGCGGAGGAUGCUGUUUCGUGCACAAUAUAUACUGAGACGGCGGCUGAGAGAUAUCAGGAGCGGCGAGUUGAAGGCGCUGAGGCUGUUUGACGGCUUGAGGAAGCUCUUCAAGUGAGGUUUUGGCUGCUUCUUGGCUUCCAUUUGGCUAAAAGGUUGCUUGAGGAUUGCUUUGUGCUUUUGAAUUUGAUAUCUACUUGUAAACUUGACGUUUUUGGACCUAAAUAAAAUGUACUAUCAAAAUCACAA